GCAGUUUUCAAAUUCAGACUUCGCUUCACGUGUUGCACGCUUUUCUCGCCCGAAACAACUCGUGCGCAGGUGAGGUGAGGUGAGGUCAUCUGGCGAGGCUCAGCAUCAGAUAUGAUCGUCAACAGAACUUUUGGUCGCAAUCUGAAAGGGAAGUUCUCCGUCCUUCUGGUCGCUGGCGUGCUCAGUCUGCUUGCCUUCUUCGGGGAGUUCCAGAACAAGGCAGUUGGUGAUUUCCAGAACAAGGCAUUUGGUCACCUCUCACAGUACCAGUUCAGAAGAACCCCUUACGCCCAAGUUUCUGAUAAACUCGCAAGGAAGACAAGUGGCUUGAAUAGCACCCUAAAGGACGUACGCUGGAGGAAAUCCUCAAGGAAACAGGGGAUAGGAUCAAAGUCAGGCGAACCUAACGAACCAGCGACUCUUGUAAAGGCAACCGCUUCUGCUAGAACAAUAGGUCACUAUAAAACGACUAUAAAAGCCUCUACAAUGUCCCCAAGGAGGUUUAAAAUGAAAAUUGUCAGUAAAACGAAACCGCAAAGUUUGUCUAAAAAAUUCAAAAUUACAAAGAAACGACAUGGUGAUUUAAAUAAACUAAACUCUAAACUUCGAUCCAGACCAAAGAAACUUCGUGUACUCGACAAACGUUAUGGUCCGAAAACCUCUACCAGAACCAAACAGUACGCUUUCCUCCUCAAUGUCUUAGGAGCUUGUGAUCGUUAUACAGAGCUCGUCGUUGUCGUCUGCUCGUCACCGUCGAAUUUUGUGAAAAGAACUGCCAUACGGAAGACUUGGGGUUCUGUCGCCAAAAACCCGAAAUACAAAAUACGGCUGGUAUUUAUUGUUGGCGGAAGCCGCUCACCGAAAAACCGUGCGCUUCUUAAAAAUGAAAGCAGAGCGUUUGAAGACAUGAUCCAAAAGGACUUUGUGGACAGUUACAUGAACCUCACGCUCAAGUCUUUAUCAAUGCUGGAAUGGGUGACGCACUAUUGCAAUUCAUCCAAGUUCAUGCUGAAAGCUGAUGAUGACAUGUACAUCAAUCUGCCAAAUCUUAUCAAGGCCCUUCAUGGACCUAAACGUGAUAUGUUUAUUAUGGGCCAUCUUCACGAUAAGGGGAGACCAGUGCGUGACAAGAAAUCUAAAUGGUUUAUUCCACGAAACAUUUACGGUAGAAACAGUUACCCUCCGUUCACUGUGGGUGUAGCAUACUCGAUGACAACCAAGGCGGCACGACGGCUGUAUGUCCAAGCGCAAACGAUGCCUUUCUUUCCAAUGGAGGACGUAUUCCUGACCGGGAUUGUUGCUUCCGCUUCCGGUAUACCUAGAUACGACCAUAUUGGUUUCUAUGACAAGUGGAGAAAGCCCAGCUGCGAAUUUAAGAAGAAAAUUGCAGAACAUAAGCAUUCACCAAAGGAGCUUUACCUGAUACACGAUUUGGUAACAGGAGAGGCAUGCAAAUAGAGGACAUGGGGACCGCGUCGGAUAUUGGUGGUGGGAGGGAAGACGCUGAGUUGGAUGGCAACGGGGUACACGAUGUCAAGGAUUGGUGUAGACAACGCCGCAUCAAGCAAAAAACACUCCACCCGGCUUUUUUUUCUGUAGACGCUGAUGCUUGUAAUAAAUUACCACCUUAAGUUGUC